CAACAAAUCAUUAAUUGUUUGAUUGAAUCCAAAGUGAAUCCAAAAUGUCAUUCAUUUCAAUGAUUUUGAGCACAAACUCACAACUCGUGCGAAAUGUUUGGCAGAUCUCAACAAAACAGACCACUUGUGUGAACGCAGAUCUAUUGCGGCCAUCGAUGGUAUGGUUGGAUCAGAAACGAUGCGGACAUCUGACCGUAAACACGAGGAAGAGACGUAAAACACAUCCAUUCUUCUGGUGGGGACGCAGUCGAAGACGCGAAGACAUUCCCCACAAGACCUACAUUAGCAAAGAUAACGAACAGUUUGUCGACACUUACAUCAAAGACAAGUACGGAUUGGCGGCCACUGAAAGUCCCAUCAAAGGCGUGGAACUGAGUCGCGAAGAAUUUACGGACGACUCCAAGAGGUGCGGACUCAUCGCCCGUAAGAUCGGACACUACCCCAUGUGGACAAAGAGUGGCCAACGAUUGCUUACAACUGUUCUUCACGUUGUGGACAAUCAUGUGAUCAAAUACCACAGUCCCGAGGAAUGGGCACUAAUUUGUCGUCCAUUUUAUACUCACCACAAAUUCAAUGGUUUGGGUGUCUGUGUUGUGGGCGCGGAGAGCGCCGAUCCCAGAGGUUUCACUUCUCUUUACAGAGGACUGUUCAAUGAGUCCGGAGUUAUGCCGAAGAAUAAGUUGACCCGAUUUUUUGUGACACCAAACGCCAGACUAACGCCCGGAACACCUCUAGUGGCCGCGCAUUUCCGAGUCGGCGAUUACGUUGACGUUUGGGGCAAAACCAUUGAUCAGGGCUUUCAAGGCGUGGUUAAGCGCUGGAACUUUAAAGGACAGGACAAGUAUAGGGGCGUUACUAAAGCCCAUAAAAGGCCGGGAACUAUAGGUAGGGGUAGGAAAGUGAUGGGCCCGUGGAAGGGACACCCGAUGGCCGGACAUAUGGGCCGCGAGCGACGGGUUCUAAAGGGACUCAAGAUAUGGAGAAUUAAUACAAAGCAUAACGUGAUUUGGGUUCACGGGCCGGCAGUUCCCGGCGAAUGUCAUUCUUGGGUCUAUCUCUAUGACUCCAGCGCUGAGGAUAAGAGAAUUACUGUUGAAAAUCCUCCGCCUUUUCCCACAUAUUAUUUGGAGGAUUCGAAGGAAGCGCUUCCCGAAGAGAUUUACGACAAGGAAUUGCAGGCAUUCGAUGAGCCGACCAUCAUAUUCGAGGAGACAGAAGCCGAACGUAAGGCAGCGUUAGCCGCAGCCAAAGCCACCAAAAAGGCUAAGAUCGCCAAAAUUCGCUAAUCUUGUAAUACCCGUAGUCUUUGAAAUAUAUUUCACUUCAUUAGGAAUUUAUGUAAAUAUUUUUCAAAUAAAUUGUUAUAUUUAAAAAA